AUCAGGGGCAGCUUCCGGUUUGACGUAACGACGUCACUUUCCUCCCUGCCCGCCCGCUGAGACCCAGAAACACGCAGAGAUGCCUCUUGCGAAAGAUCUGCUGCACCCCACUGCUGAGGAGGAAAAGAGGAGGCACAAGAAGAAACGCCUCGUGCAGAGUCCUAACUCCUAUUUUAUGGAUGUCAAAUGUCCAGGUUGCUACAAGAUCACCACAGUGUUCAGUCACGCCCAGACAGUCGUGCUGUGUGUUGGCUGCUCCACAGUCCUGUGCCAGCCGACGGGAGGAAAAGCUCGCCUGACAGAAGGAUGCUCUUUCAGGAGGAAACAGCACUAGCUGGACCAGGAGUGGCUGCACAGACGAGAAAUGGAAACUUGAUAGACAUCGAGCGACUCUGCUGGAGCUGCGAUGCAGGGAUGAAACGUUCAGAUGGACCUCGCCGAGACCAACAAACACCUCAGAUCUCUGAAUAAACCUGAGGUUGUUUUGGAGAUUAAUCUUACAUCCAAGUUUCAGUUUUUGCGCUUUCUAUUGUCGAAGGCUCUUGAACCUAAUCGGGUUGAUAAAAUACUUAUUCAGCUUACAACUACUUAAUUGUGAGAAACGUGUUUAAUUAUUCACUAAAAUUCAGAUAUGUUGUGUUUAUGGAAGCGCUGAGUGAGGAAUCAAGGGCCAGAGAUGUCUUUGCUACAAGACAAAAGGGUUUUAUGGUAAUUUCCGUUAAAAUUACAGCUAUAAAAAUAUCAUUUUACGUUAAUUCGGUGCUGUUUUAACGUCAACAACGAGGGAGGACUGUUUGGUCACUGCUUCAGCUCAAACACGAGGCUGAUAUGCCGCAUGCUAACGAGAACGCAAUUAUGAAGAGGAGCCUCGUGUGGAAAUGAGGGAUGAUUUAUCGUGUCGUUGAAAAUAAAAGCAAAAAGAACAGGAUGACUUACAGGUUUGGUCGUCUAGAGGCUCUUUUUGCCACGCUUUGUUGUUCAUCUACAUCCUUUUAAACGACAGGCGUACUACCGCUAUGGUUCAAUGACAGCCUUGUUGCUAUGGUUACGUGUUUGUGUCUUGCUUGUGUAUUGAACACAACUUGCUAAUAAAAUCAUGGUUACGAGGAACAAAA